CUAUCCUGUGCUGCUUGCAGAUCUUAGUACCAUACUACGUCGAUGAUGUAGUAAACGAUGGCUGCUACGAUCAACUCGUGCAGUUGGUUGAAUGCCUCUUGAGAGAAUCCCUGAGUCCUAUAAGCUAUUGGUUUUCUGACUCUUAUCCCACUCAGAGUUAUCCAGACAGCUCAAAUUCUCCCAUUGGUUCUUCAACGUCUGCUUGGGCUGAACGAGACCACGACCCUGGUCUUCUAGAAUUCCCCCCUAUUCGUCAUCGAGAGCUAGAACUUCGAGUCUUCACUCCUCGUUCGAGCCAUGGACAUGCAAUGACGCCGGAUGGACAUCUAGAUAAUCGUCGUCUCGAAUGGUUGGGUGAUUCUGUCAUUCAACUGAGCGUGACGCUUCUGCUUGAGGAAUUGUAUCCUCAUCUUCGGACCACGAUGGUCCACUUCAUCCGGUGUCGCGUCAUAUCGAACAAUAAUCUUGGUGCCAUUUCGCGAAAGUAUCGGCUCUACAAACGUUAUAGAGAAGUUUCUGGAAUUGAAAUCCGAGACUUGCCUAGUUCAAAAGUCCAUGCGGACCUACUGGAAGCGUACAUAGGGGCUGUUUACAAAGAAAUGCAGUUCUCAGAACUCCAUCCCUUCCUUGUUGCCCUUUUUAAGCCAUCGGUUACCGCUGCAUGCCAUGUGCACCAACAGCUUCCCCAUGAACCCCGCUUGAAAAUAACGACAUGGGAUGAUGAAACAGGUACAUACAGGCCUGAAUCGGCUUCACCACGGGAUUGGAGAUCUGUAGCACUUCCUGUGGAGAAUACUUACGAGCGUUUCCUUGCGACGUGUCGUUCGCUCGGGUUUUCGCCUCGUUUCGAGUAUGAAGAAGAACGGGAUGGUCGCGGUUCUUUAUCUGUCAGAGUCACCAUUUAUGAUGAUGCGAAGUACAUUGCGACAGGGUUUGGUGUGACGAGCUACCAAGCUCGAGCAGAAGCGAGUGAGAUCGCAAUUCGCAGAGUUAUUCAGUUGGCUAAUGCUAACGAUGGGUAUUCUAGUCGGGAUAAUGGGCUGCCCGCUGGCCCGUCACGAGCCUCGACUAAUGCAAAUGCAAACCCUGCGCCCAAUGAUGCGGGUUCCUUCAGAAAACGCAGAAGGAGCAGCAUCCUUUUAUCCACGCAUUCUUAGCAUGACUGAAGAAGUAGCAGAUUCCUUGUAUUUACGGCCCGUCUCUCCUCUCCCACACUGUCUCCCACUAUACCUACAUUAACUGGAUAUGCGAUUGGGAAUGGCUCCGCAUAACUUCACAGUCUGUCUUAGACAGAACUAGUCUCCAUUCGUUCAACAGGCGAAUCGUGUAUCGUUUGUUUUCUUAGCUCUGCGAAUUUUUGACGCUCAAUAGCCCUUGGAUAUGUUGUGA